AUGGCUGUCGGCGUUGCCGAUCAAGUAGGCUGGCCGCAAUACUUCGAAAUGGACGGAUUUCUUGGUCUGAGCUGGCAUUACGCCAACCAAGAUAAGCCAGUGCAAGCAACCUUCUCCGAAGCGAUAAGGCCGAAGCUCCAAUCGAAGAUUUUUGCCAUCGAUUUUCCAUCGAGCGUAUACCCAGAAGGCGGUAAAGUCGACCUGACAUUCGGAUACAUCAACUCUACGAAAGCCGCAGCUGGCUUGCGCACAGCAUACAUUGACCCUGUGAAGCCCAAGUGGACCGCUACCGGCGCUCAAUUCAGUAUCAGUGAAGACCAGGUCCGUGUAGUAGAUAACAGUAGCAAGACCUGGACACAAAAUAUGAACUUCGGGGCUUGGCCUUUGGACGUCGGUACAGAGGUCAUCCAGGCCUACCACAGUCGCGUCACAGGCUCGCAGGUCACGUCCAGAAAAUCCAACGGCGAGCCUAAGAGCUACAAUUUCCCCUGCAACAGUCCCCUGCCCGAUCUAAAUGUGUACUUUCAAGGCGGUGGUGCGGGCACCUGGUAUGGGCGACAGCUGAGCAAUAAUGAUCCGGAUGCGAAUGGUCACAGUGAUGACCCUACGGCGGGGAACGUUGGAUACUUGUUCUUUCAGAAUAACUAUGUCGUUUUUGAUAUGGAUGAGACGAAGCCGAGGAUUCAGUUCGCGCCGUGGAAUGGGACGGACGAUAAGGUGUAUUAG